AUGCUGCACCACUGUGGCUUUGCUUUGAAAUUCUCACCAACCUCUGAUGUAACAGAAAAUACAUGUAUUUCUGAAGCGCUGACAAUCAAUCAGCCUGACACGGUGAUUACAGCCCGGCUUGGGGAGCCGGUGACUCUGAACUGCACCUUCUCUAACACUCAGUACGUGUUCUGGUACAAGCAGAGGCCAGGAGAUACACUGCAAGUUAUGGUCGUGGCACAUGUGCGAUCAGGCAGUAUUGACUUCAAGAGCGGGUUUAGUGCACUCGAUUUCAGCAUACAGAAGGACGAUGGGGCCUUUCACUUGACUAUAAAAAAUGUUUCCUUUUUGGAUGAGGCAUCCUAUUUCUGUGCCACUAGUGAGCUAACAAAAUUAGUGUUUGGAAAUGGUACCUUCCUGUCAGUAAAUGAUAACAGAGACCACAGGCUGGAGUUGAAAACACAGAUCCACACUCCACAGAUCCACCACUCCAGUGACCCAAUGAUAUUAGACUGCACAGUCCUGAGUCAGAUGAGUACCGAAGAGCUCAGUAUGUUCUGGUUCAGACCCACUUCAGGAGUUUCCCGUCCUGUGAGUAUUUACAUGGAGAAGAACUGCAGCAGUGCAGCUGAGUCCAAACCUCACACACAGAGCUGUGUCUACAGACUCCCUGUGGAACACUCAUCAGGUUCUGGAACAUUCUACUGUGCUGUAGCCUCCUAUGGACAAUUACUGUUUGGGGAUGGAGCAAUCUCUAACAAGAAAGAUAAAGAAGCAGUAGCCCAAGACCCUGUGUUUCUCAGCUUGACUGUGGCGUUGGCCCUGUGUGCUGCAGCAGCCUUUUUUCUGGCCUAUUUGAAAUGCAAAGAAACCAAAUCUGCAUAUCAAAUAUCUUUGGGGACACAAUUAAGAAGUCAGGGUGAUGAAGAGAUGGCGAGCUACGCAGCCCUGCAGUUCACUGAGGGCAGAAGCAGAGGGGGCAGGAAGAAGAGAGGGCCGCCACAGGAGAGUGUGUACCCUGUCCGGCGGCUGACUGGGUGGGCCUCUGGGGCCUUACCAGCAGAGCCGCUGCCCCAGGUGUUUGGGCAGAUAGGCCCCCAAGUCGCUGCAGUGUCGCCGCCCGAUGCCCCCAUGCGAGGCACACUGACCCCCAGCAGGAGAGCUCAUCCCUAUAGCGAUAGUAGGAAAGCAGUGCAUCGUCCAACCGUUCUGGGCGCAGGCUCGGAGAGCAGUGAGGAGAUCGCUCUGGACAAGAGGUCGGCCAAUGUGCAGCUGCAAGCUGAAUUUGCUUCAGUGCCUGAGGGGCAAAACCGACUGGGCGUUCCGGGCUUUUGGCCAGCUAGAUCAAGGGUGCAUAAUCGCGGAGGCAGUAUGCCGAUCCUUGCAAAGAUCAUCAACGGAGAUCAGCAAUUGCAGGAGUUGCACGAUGCAACAAUUGAAGUUGUCCAGCUGAACAGAGUGCAGGAAGCAGAACCUGGAGGAACAGCGACUUUGCCAUGCUUUGACCCUGCGUCUAAAAGUGACAAUUUGAGUUGGUACAAGCAGACAUUGGGAUUGAAGCCUGAACCAGUCAACAUCACAGUGUCGGAUGAAGCAACAUAUUACUGCACUCUCACAGUUAUGAAUGAGCUGCACUUUGAAAAUGGAACAUUCCUGACUUUGAAAGCUGCAAGUUCUAAGCCUUCAGACUCGGGUCAAUCAGUUCAAAGGCAAACAUCUACUCAGGAUGCUGAUGAGCUGGUUAACUAUGCAGCCUUGAACUUCUCAGAGAAGAGAGCGAAAAGAGAGAGGAAGAAGAGAGAGCUUCCCCAUGAGGAUACAUACGCCCGUGUUCGCUGUUAA